CUGGAAACACACACGUACACACACUCCCUAUCCGAGCCGGACAGUGCAGCUCCUGGUCCGGCAGCCCGGCAGCGGAGGACUUACCCAGGCUUCCAGGCUCCGCAGCCCGCUGUGACAGUGGACCUAACGUCGCCUUACUUUGUGGACAUGGGAGACAUGGGGGACCCGCCGAAAAAGAAGCGGUUGGUGUCUCUGUGCGUGGGCUGCGGAAACCAGAUCCACGACCAGUAUAUCUUGCGGGUCUCUCCGGACCUUGAAUGGCACGCCGCCUGUCUCAAGUGUGCCGAGUGCAGCCAGUACCUGGACGAGUCCUGCACGUGCUUCGUCAGGGAUGGAAAGACUUACUGUAAACGGGACUACAUCAGGUUAUACGGGAUUAAAUGCGCUAAAUGCAACAUCGGCUUCAGCAAGAACGACUUCGUUAUGAGGGCCCGUUCCAAGGUCUACCACAUUGAGUGUUUCCGCUGCGUGGCCUGCAGUCGGCAGCUCAUCCCGGGGGACGAAUUUGCUUUGCGGGAAGACGGGCUCUUCUGUCGAGCAGACCACGAUGUGGUGGAACGGGCCAGCCUGGGCCCCGGGGACCCGCUGAGCCCCCUGCACCCCGCCAGACCGCUGCAGAUGGCAGGUAGGACUGCUGCUGCUGCAGACCGGCACUUCAGCUCACACGAACCAAUCUCUGCCCGUCAGCCCGCUCUGCGGCCUCACGUACAUAAACAGCCCGAGAAGACCACCCGGGUCCGGACGGUGCUGAACGAGAAGCAGCUGCACACGCUGCGGACCUGCUACAACGCCAACCCGAGGCCCGACGCUCUAAUGAAGGAGCAGCUGGUGGAGAUGACCGGCCUCAGCCCGCGAGUGAUCCGGGUCUGGUUCCAGAAUAAGCGGUGCAAAGACAAGAAGAGAAGCCAACUCAUGAAGCAGCUACAGCAGCAGCAGUCCAGCGACAAGACGAACAUCCAGGGAAUGACGGGAACCCCGAUGGUGGCAGCCAGCCCGGAGCGGCACGACGGAGGCAUCCAAGCCAACCCGGUGGAGGUGCAGAGCUACCAGCCGCCCUGGAAGGUGCUCAGCGACUUCGCGCUGCAGAGCGACAUCGACCAGCCUGCUUUCCAACAACUGGUGAGUUUCUCGGAGGGAGGACCGGGUUCGAACUCGACGGGCAGCGAAGUAGCGUCUAUGUCGUCUCAGCUUCCAGAUACGCCGAACAGCAUGGUCUCCAGCCCCAUCGAGGCCUGAGCCGACGCUGCGUGGACAGACACACACAGCCCCUUUCAUAUCACCCUUCUCGACUGCACCAAGCAACCCCCUGGUUGUAUUUUGACACUGUGAAGACAAUCAUGGGAUUUACCACAGUCACACAUUCGAACGUCCAGAGGAGAUAACGCGACGAGUCCUCGCGGUCGGUCGGUGCUGCCCGUUUGCCAAACAGAGAAGGCAUGAAGCUGGCUCCACCGAUGAACGGGACCCGGAGGCGAGGAGAGAGCUCGAAAUUCUCUGUACUCGCGAAAUGCCGCACGCGACUUUCAAUAGAAACUGUGUUUUUGUUUUUUUUUUAAUUCGACACACGCACCUCGUCAUAUAGUCAUAUAAGAAAUGACUGUGUGGGGUGUGGGCGGGGGUUCUCCAUUAGCUACAUGAUUUUCUUAAAGACCCAAGUACUAAAGCAUUUGCAACAAGGUAUACCUCUAUUUUGCCACAAGCUUCGUGGGACAUUUGUGCGAGUUAGUGUCCGUCCAACAUUUUUUUCUUCCCCAAAGAUGUGUAAAUUAAUAAUAACUUAAAAAAAUACUGUUAGCUCCGGAAGGAAAUGUUUUGUUUGUUCCCGUGCAGCAAGAUUAUUUAUUAUUUAUUGUCAACAAACUUGCCACCUUUUGUGUAACUUUCUUAACUGAAGUAAAAAAA